AUGUUUUAUAAUUUAACUACUUGCAUGACUAGUUGUACUGUGAUGAUAUUCAUAAACAAUAAGGAGUUACUGAAUAUUAUAAUCAUUGCCACUAUUCGAUACCUUGAUUGUCCAAAUGGAUCUCAUCUCAUUAGUUGUGGGUUUCAUGAAGAAAUUCAGUGGGUGGACAUUGUUUCAAAAGAAAUAAAAAAAGAAAACCGACCAUACAUUAUUGCCAAGAAGGAAAUGAACUUGAAACUACAAUAUGAUGUAGUUUUGAAAUGGAAAGAAAUUAGUGAUGGAAAGUCAUAUUGUUUUAAUGAUUUUGAAAAGAUUCAAGGAAUUCACCAAAAGAUAAAAGGACAUUUUAGAAAUAUACAAAAAGAAACCAAAAGAAACACACAACACAACGGAUGA